CACCAUCAUGUCCUCCAGCACCACUCCCCCUCCCUUUCUUACCACUGCACUUGCUGGUUAUGAUCUCAAACAUCACGCUGACCGGCCCAGCGUUACGCUCACCUUCGCCCAGUCCCUCGAUGCUAAGAUCGCUGGGACGGGCGGAAAGCAGCUGAUCUUGAGUGGAAAGGAGAGUAUGAUCAUGACGCAUUGGAUGCGCACGAUGCAUGAUGCCAUUCUCAUUGGCGUCGGAACAGCGCUGAACGAUGACCCUCAGCUGAAUGCUCGCCACUUGCCGGCGCGCUCACCUGGGACGUACGAGUCCUCGUCCGAGCACGGCCAGCCGUAUAACCUCCCGCGCCCCGUGAUCCUCGACGCGCGCCUGCGUCUGAGUCCCUCGUGCAAGCUGCUAGGAAACUUUCAGUCUGGCACUGGGAGGCGUCCAUGGGUUUUCACCCUCGACGGUUCCGCGUCACCGAAUCCGCUGCAGCAGGUUGAGUGGUUGGAGAGAAAGCAGGCGUUGGAGGAGGCAGGAGCAAGAGUGGUAAUCGUGAAGGGAGAUCUGGGAAAUGGCACUUUGUCGAUCCAGGCGUUGCUGAAGACUUUGCACGAGCGCGGAGUGCAUUCGCUCAUGGUCGAAGGUGGCGCGAGCGUGAUCAAGUCAUUCUUGGACGCAUCACAGGGCGGUGUGGUGGACACAAUCAUCGUGACAGUCGCACCGACCUUUGUAGGGGAAGAUGGCGUCGGGUACGGCGUACAGCUGGGUGAGAGCGGGGGGAAAUUCAAGCACGUCAGCACGCAAGUCGUAGGGGUCGAUACAGUGUUUGUACUGGGUCCAAAGGACUUGUAGUGAUCUGUUGCUUGUAGUGUUACUUGUGCAUGUGGUCUAGCAGUCAAUCACUGAUUUCCGGUAGUUCCUACGCAACUACCGCGUCACUUAUC